CUCACCGCCAAGCCUCCCCACAAACGUCACUGGUUCUUCACUGCCCGAUGCAUUAUGUCAAGAUCACCCUAGCAUAACUAGAUCCCACGUACCUUAAAGAUUACUGAGGUACAGAAAAAAUUCUCAGGACAACUUGUCCACUCGUUUGCGCUGCACGAAAACAUCAGACCUCAUUUAUUUUUCCCGUGCGCUAAAAAAGCUCCAACCAACAACAUCGAGCGCCAGCGAAAAUGAUUGACCCAUCUAUUUUUGAGAGUCUCCAGGAGAAGAUUGAUGCGGAGACUGCUGUCCGUGAUGAACUCCAAGAUAUUGUGCAGACUCUUGCACGCAGAGGAAGAUCUACCCAGGCUAUUCUUUCAAGGGCACAUUCUACGCCUUCUGAUCAGCUGAAACCCGUCCUCGACGAUGCUACCAAGGAGAUUCUCGCUCAGAAAGAAGAGGUUACCAAACUAAAAGCCAUCGCCUCUCAGCACCCGUUUUACAAAUAUAACGGAGUAUGGUCGCGCGAGCUGCAGAACCUAGUGUACUCUAUCGAGCUGUGCGCCUGGCUUGGUGGCCUAUCAGAAUACAAGAGCUCGACGUCAGCUUCGUUUAUGACGAUUGAGGACGUCGGCAAGUUCUUGGAUAUCCCCGUCAACUUGAAGGAGCGGGAUGAGUUCCACCUCACGAUUGAGGAGUAUCUCCUUGCAUUGAUAUCGAUGGUCGAAGAGCUCGCACGUCUGGCGGUCAAUUCCGUCACCCUGGGCGAUUACGGUCGUCCACUUCAGAUUGGAAACUUCAUCAAGGAUCUAUUUGCAGGUUUCCAGCUACUAAACCUGAAGAAUGACAUCCUGCGAAAGAGGAGUGACGGAAUCAAAUACAGUGUCAAGAAGGUCGAGGAUGUCGUAUAUGACCUGUCGCUACGAAACCUGGUCCCGAAGGGAGCAGGAGCAGGAUCGGCAUGAAUCCUAUCAUGUCGUAUGGGUAUAGAAGAAGCCCUGCCCAUUUGAUGCAUAGCAGAGAUGCCGUGCGUUGCUGAGACUGGAACCAGUCAGAUCCCGGAUUGAAGCGACAUCGUCACCGGGAAAGGAUAGAAAGCAAUAAUAAAUGGAGAACAAUGGAGAAAUCAAUCACAGAUGCAUUUCUGUCAAUUUGUG